AUGUCGUCCUUGUCACUCGACAGCCCCAGCCCGACCCCGACCCCGACCACAAAGAGCAGAAACAAGCUCCGCAAACUCCCCAAACACCGCCCCGGCUCCGUCAUCUCCAAUGUCUCGCCCAGAGCCUCGACAGACUCACCCCGAAACUCGAGUGAUGGCCACGCAAAGCAGGGGCCCCUACUGCCUCCGGACCUGAGCGAUCCGAAGUGGCAAGAAUAUAUACGAAAAAGCGGCUACUACAUACGCCCCAUGGAGACUUCGCCACGGCCGGACUGCAAUGAUAGAUCUCGGUCGCCCUGCAAGCUCGUCCCGGAGUUUGCUCACCUGGCAGUCAAGGACGGUGCUCCGGUCAGGCAAUCGCCGUCGAGAUCGUCCGUCGAUACGACCACGACGACCAGGACCACGCCGCCGCUACAGGAAGAUGGUACUGGCACGCCACCAGCGCUGAGGUCGCCCUUUAUGAUGCGGCGAUACGCUAAGACGCCCGUCCUUCGGAUAGGCCAGCUUGAAGGCAGCGAGGAGCAGCAGCAGCCGGCGAUACCGACAAUAAGGACGCCCGAUGUCGAGCCCAGCAUUGCAGAGCAGUACAGGGCACUCCUGGAGGCACGGAGCUGCCAGAGGCUCCGAGACGAGGUAGAAGCAGAAGGAGCUGCUGCUGAUGAGCACGACCACCACAACUACCACCAUCACCAGCAGCAGCGACGAGAGGGUCUAGAGCCAGGACAACACGAGCACGACACCGAGACCAGGCUGCACAGCAUCGAGACCAUCCGGUCGGCGAUCACGAGACGAUCGCCGCGCCCGCAGGUACCAUUUCCACAAUCACCGAGAGAGCCCACAUCGCCGCCACCACCACCACCACCAGCAGCAACAGCAACAACAGCGUCAUUGGAGUCAGAAGCCGAGGGCUCGCCCAUGUCAGACACGACCAUCGUCGACUUUGAAGAGGACACCAUCUACUUCAAGCCGGCCUUCACCCCGGAGGCACUGUCGCCCAUUCCAGAGGACGGCGCCCUCACGCCCGUCAUGACGAGUACGAGCACGAGCACGCUGCCCCGAUUUGAGGACGCACUGGGCAUGCAGGUCUGCGUGGACCUCCUCGCGAGAGAGCUCACCUCCGCGGCGAGGCAAACUACUAGCACCAACAAAAGUGGUCUAUCGCAGAGAGCGGCGCCAUCGUCUUCAUCAUCGCCGUCGUCGUCGUCGUCGUCAUCGGCAGAGCAGGAGGUGCCACAGCUGCAGAUGUGGCUUAUGAUCGAGGCGUACGAGAGGCUGCGGGACCAGAUACGUGGUGGUAUGGAGGGUCUGCCGGCUGAGGAGGUGAAUGGCCUGGAGGGAGCGCUUGAGGUGUGGCUGCGGGCGCUGUACAGAGCGCAUGAGAGGAUUGUGGAUGGGCAGAAGUGUGUCAAGGUAGGUCCCAGUGAGGGCGAGAUUGAGGGGCUCCAGGUGGUGGAGGUGGAUUGA